UCAUACACGAUUUCCAAAUAGUGACUUUUGCCUGGAGAAUGACAAGACCAGCCGUUCCGUUUGUCUGUACACUGUGAUUAUUGUAAUAAUUUUUAGACCAUUAAAUAUAAUAUAAAAAAAUUGUUAGAACACAUUUUAUUAUAAAGUGAAUUCGUUUUAAUAUUAGGAAACUGUGUAAAAAAUAUAACUAUAAUACAUGUUUAAAAAUCAAUACUGUGCGAAGAUUUAUUUCAGUGCUGUAUUUAGUGUUUAUUAUAUGCAUCAUUCACGUACUUCACAAAAGAGAGAAAACAUUGGAGCUUAAUAGAAUGACAGCUUGAACGAAGACCUGGGAGUUAUAGAAAGAAAAUUUGCUUUGCUUGAAUAAUUGAUGUACUAAAUUCCAAUUGUGCGUUGAGCGGCGCUGCAAGGAGGCGGUCUCGCGCUCGAUCCCGUCAGGAUGUACAGCAUAGGUCGUAUGAUCUCGAACUUUCGCGAGUUCUACAAUGACAUCAAUGCAGCGACACUCACUGGUGCAAUCGACGUGGUCGUAGUAGAGCAACCCGAUGGAGCCUUCACCUGCUCCCCUUUUCACGUGCGGUUUGGAAAACUUGGCGUACUGCGCAGCAAGGAGAAACUGGUGGACAUCGAAAUCAACGGAGAAAUCCGGGAUAUUCACAUGAAACUAGGAGAAUCUGGAGAAGCCUUUUUUGUAGAAGGUGUGUAUGAAGAAGAUGAAACAGUUCCUGAAAAUUUGGCUACUUCUCCAAUUACGGUUACUGAAUUCCCAAGCCUUUAUGAUGGUGAACAAGAAUUGCUUUGUCCACGACUCCGGAGGAAAUCUAUUGAUGUUACACCUGAAUUUUUUGAUGAAAAUUCGUUAAAUCAGCCGUCGGCAUAUUCACAUCGUAGAUAUACCGACGGAGGAGACUCGGAAAAGCGUCGCGAUCGACAGCUUCAGGAACAGCAGCAACAGCAGUAUAUCAAAGAUCGACUUGAACAACAUGAGCAACAGAUGGCCGCCAAUAAAGCGGCACAGGCUGAUCACAAUGGAAGCGGCAAUGGCAAAAGUCAACACAUAGAAAUGUUUCAAAUAGAUGAUCAUCUCAACGUUGUGAAUUCCAUGUAUCCUGUCGAUCCAGAACAAUCUUCGACCAUAACUUUAUCCGCCACGCCGAAGACAUUCAGAGCUGAGACCAUAGCCGAUGAUUGCGCGCAGAAUCGAGAACGGAAGGUGCUACCUCAAACUAGCGACUUUGUACCAAUCAAUGAAAACCUUAAUGAUAAAGAGAAUGAAAAUUUAAAAGUUAAUGUGAACAAAACCGAUACUUCGGAGGAUCCAACGCUUCAUUCAGAGGACAACGGUAGAUCGAACGGUGCAGUCGGUAGUAAAAAGAGGCGAAGAAAACGUUCUUUAAUGAAAAAGAAAAAUUCCCAGCGCAAAAACUCUAAUAGCAGUUCUGGUUGUUCUGUGCAUUCAGAGCAAGAGAUCGAAUCGUCACAAGCAGAUAGCGCCUUCUUUCGCGAAGCUAAAUUAGCCAGCGAGAAGUCUAUCAUGUCCCAAUCUAUGACGAUUGAAACGUGCGAUACGCAGUCUAGAAUACGGGAUCCCGAUAUACAUUUUUUCAGCGAUACAGAAGUGUCUUCAGCACAGAGUCCUCGCGGUUCCCGGCCCUGCACACCAGUUCAAUCGGACACGGAAUUUGAAAUGUCCCAACGACAUUUCCAAACCGAAAACAGCAAUAGUUCAUCACGCAGCGAGACCGUACAGCCCCAGUCGUGGCUAUGGGGUGAACUGCCAUCGCCGCCUCCAAAGAGUAUUGCUUCCCAACAAACGACACUAGAAAACGGCAAAGCCGAGGAAGCUAAGCAGGCCGAACGUAAUUCCAUGCUAAGCGGUAUGUUCAGCUUCAUGAAGCAAACGAAGCGUCUGCGUGCUCAGAAGACACCCGUAGAAGGAUUAUAUUUAGCUGAUUUAUCUGCACGCGAUUUGGAUCCGGACGUAGCUGCCAUGUAUUUUCCUCAGGCGCAAAUAAACAAUAAAAAGCAGGACGCCGACACAUCGAUCGACAGUCGAACACUGCGCGAGGAGGGCUACGAAUCGGGCAAUGGACCUUCACUGACUCAGUCGCCAAGUAGCCAAGAUAGCACCAGCGCCGGAUGUAAGAGCGCUGAUUCGAUUUUGAUGAUUCUAGAAACAAUGACAAGUAAGUGGGGCUCAGAGGAAAUUUUAAUUUCUCUUUGUGGUGGCCUGAGCAGAGAAGGACCGUCUGAUGACGAAUUCCAAAGACACAUAGUAUCAUAUAAUGAGGUAUGUCAAAACCCCCAUGUUUUAGAAAGUCCCAAUGUAGUUGUCAAACUUGGUGGAAAAUACUAUAACUGGAAAACCGCAUGCCCAAUUGUGAUGACUUUGCUUGUAUAUCAGCAACCAUUACCCCAGACUGCCAUAGAAAGGCUCUGCUCUGAUCAGAUGCGCUUGACCAAUGAUGGCAGCAAUGAGAAAACAGAAAAUGGAAACGAUACAACAAAAAAUGAUGGAAGAUUAUCUUGGUGGUACUGGCGUAGGCCUGCUGAUAAAUCACAAUCAAAGACCAUGCUUAAAGAGGAUAGUCCAGAUAAAACAGUCAUCACAAUAGACACUUCUGACUCUUCGGCUAAAGCAGAGCCUGAAGAUAAUCAGGCACCUAAUGAUGUCAGCAUUGAUAUACCAGGUGUUCAGGAUUCUACAGUUUCUACCCAAACAGGAGCUUACAUAGCACCAGCAGAUACAGAGAUUGAAACUGUAACAGCAACAACGAGUUCUGAACAUAAGGAAGAUGGUUACAGUGGAUCUCAGAGUUCUGAGGAGUCAGAUCCAGAUACUGCUCAAUCAACACAAAUUCAAAUAGCUUCAUCUCGUCCUCUACCUGAAAAAUACCGGAAAACAUUACGUCUCAGCAGUGAACAAAUACAAAGGCUGAACUUGAACGAAGGUAUAAACGAAGUUGUGUUCAGUGUUACAACAGCAUAUCAAGGUACAAGCAGAUGCAAGUGUUAUAUGUACAGGUGGAAAUAUAAUGACAAAGUUGUGAUUUCGGAUAUUGAUGGCACAAUCACAAAGUCAGAUGUUCUGGGACAUAUUUUGCCAAUUGUAGGAAAGGACUGGGCUCAAAGUGGAGUUGCACAAUUAUUUACUAAAAUUAAAAAUAAUGGUUAUAAAUUAUUAUAUCUUUCAUCAAGAGCUAUUGGACAAGCAAAGGGAACGAGAGAAUACUUAAAAUCUAUAAAACAAAAUGAUUUAUCUCUACCAGAUGGACCUUUACUGUUAAAUCCCACAUCAUUAAUUAGUGCUUUUCAUAGAGAAGUAAUAGAAAAGAAGCCAGAACAAUUUAAAAUAUCAUGUCUAAAUGACAUUCAAGCACUGUUUCCUGCUGAUACAAAGCCCUUUUAUGCAGGAUAUGGAAACAGAAUAAAUGAUGUAUGGGCUUAUCGAGCUGUUGGCAUUCCAAUAAUGAGGAUAUUUACAAUAAAUCACCGUGGAGAAUUAAAACAUGAAUUAACUCAGACGUUUCAGUCAUCAUAUUCUAACAUGAGUUUCAUAGUGGAUCAAUUAUUUCCUCCAUUGUUGGAAGAUGCUUCUGAAUUUUCUCAUUUUAUAUAUUGGCGUGAUCCUUUGCCAGAUGUUCCUCCACUUCCUAUACCUGAAAGCAGUAAUACAUCAAAUUCAUCAAAAGGAAGCUCUAGAGGACAAUCACCAUUGCCAACCAUUCCAGAAAAUUCUAUAAGUAAUUAAAUGUUAGAUGUAGUAAAGCAUUGUCUUAAAAUGAAGCUCUACAACAAGUAUAUGUAUUUGUCGCUUCAUAAAUCGGCUUUUUGUAUCUUGUGAGUCCAAUUAAAUCUAGUAAGAUUUAUUUCCUGAACU